GCAAGUAUAGUUAGUCGUUGGAAUCUUACAAGUGUUACGCCAUGUACCGACUGAAAGUGUUGUUAUAUUUUGUGCUAAUAUCAUUACCAGCUGCAAAAGUCCAGUGUAGCAAUGGUACAGCAUCAUCGCUUACCGGCUUUGGCUUCGAAGUGUUAGCAGCCAAACUUGAGCACCUGCAGGACAAGCUUCUCGAGACUGAGCAGAAGCUAUCCAAAGCCAUCAAACAGCAGGAUCGCACGAUCGAACGUCAGCUAGCCGUACUUCAGGUGCAGACGCACAAAACGCUCUCCCUGCAGACAGCCUGGGCGCAAAAGACGAAGUUGUGGAAGGAUAUUCAAGCCCUAUCAUCAAAGGAAGACUUAGAACGGUUUAAGCUUAGCUCAGGGCUAGAUCUGGCCAGCAUCUCGUCGCGCUCGUGCAAGGCGGCUGGGCAGGAGCAGUCGGGCAAAUUCUUAAUACAACCUACGGAGCAUGAUGAACCAUUCUUGGGAUAUUGUGUUCAACAGUACAGUUUUGGAGGAUGCUGGUUAGUUAUCCAGCAUCGCAACAACAGAAGGCUGGACUUUGACCGCAACUGGAGCGAGUAUCGGAACGGGUUCGGAAGCGUCGAGGAAGAUGUUUGGCUCGGCUUAGAGACGUUACACCGGACUACCAGAGCACGAAAGCACGAGCUAUUAAUUGAGCUGAAAGAUACUGCUGGAAACACGGCGUACGCACGGUACGAUGACUUCGAGAUCGGCAGUGAGGUGGAGCAGUACACGUUGAAGAAGCUUGGGAAUUACACAGGAACGGCAGACGACCUUAUGAGCAACCUCGUGAGCAAGAAAUUUACUACAAAGGAUCGGAACAAUGGUGCAACAAGGGAUGGUGACUGUGAAGGAGGAUGGUGGUUGGACCCUUGUACGCCUACAAAUAUAAAUGGGCGUCUGAGUAAUAAAGACCACCGCUUAGUGUAUAUGUUUAGCGAAAAUAACACAUUUUCUAUUAAAAAAUUGGUAUUCACGAGAAUGAUGAUCCGUGAAGUUUAGCGCCCUAGGAAAGCAUCAGUGUAAGGAAACAAACCCAUAAAAAUACACAAUUUUUAUACUUUAUAGCCAAAUAUUUAACAUCUAUUUCAAUGAUUGCUCCAAGCUUUCAAUAUACACCGUACAUUGUUAUCCUUCCUUAAACUGUGCCAAUUGUUUCCAUCCAUCUGGACAUCAUGAAGUUGGAAGUACAAGACGUUUGCCUUCUGCUAUCGUAUCGGCCAUUAAAUGAUGUAUUUGUUGAACUCUUUUAAAGGAAAUGUUUCUUGUUUAUUUCUUAAAAUCUAUCGUCCCCUCUACAGAUCUAACACUAUAACUACGAUUUGAGCUAAAGGGCCUAUCUCAAUUAAAUUAAUCUAUCUCCAUUAAAAUUUCAACCGAAAAUCGCCAAUUCUUCAAAAGAUCUUCUGAUAUCUUUAUCAGACGCCGCAAAAUUUAAAUAUAUAUUAUUUAUUAAAAAAAGCUAUUUAUUACACUUUUUUUAUUGAAAUCACUUACUUUUGGCUAUGGAAUUGUAAUGGUCAUCACAUCGCCGUGUUUUGCGAGCAUUAUUCUCACCAACUUUCUCGAAUGCACUUAACGCUGUAGAUUGCGCUCUCCUCUGUUACUAUUUGUUGCUAGGAUGAAUUGGAGAUGUGGAGAGUAGUGCAACACUAAGUGAUAACAAGCGAUCUGGCAGAAUUACUGGAGCAUUGGCAGAAAACGAAAAGCGGUUAAAAUAAAUGUGCGGGGAUACCCUUUACCAGUUCGUGUCAUUGCUGCGGUACAGGGUUUUGAGGAUUAUAUAGACAUGUUCAG